AUGAUAUGGGUGUUGCUGAUGGCACUGGCAGCCAGUUUCAGCAACCAUGCAUGGACUGAAGGCGGCGUCGACUUGACAACCGAUGAAGCGCUUCUUAUGAGCGAGUCGUUUCCAGUUCCCAACAACCCAAAAGCCACAUUUGACGAUGACACCGGCCCAGGCGAUCGUCUCAAGGUGGCUUAUAGCUCUACAACAAUCACCAAAGGCUGUGGCUGUGACGUCGCCUUUGCAACUGGCAUGUACACAAAAAUCGGACACAUCGUCAGUGCGUUACAAGGAGAAGACUUGACGGGCAAGGGUGUCGAGUGGGAGCCUCGGGCCGCUCAACCCGAAUCUGUGGCCAAGAUGUGGUCAAAGGCUACGAUGGGCUGGCUGAGCAAUUUCCCUGGUCUUACUGUUGGUACUCCGCUGCAAAAGAAACUUGUGCAGUUAUUCCUGUGGCUCCUCGCCUUUGCAAUUGUCUGUUUUGGAGGCUUUGGAUGGAAUGGCAACUCGUGCGCUCCAACUGAAAUUGCUAUUGAGGUAUUCCCAUCUCGUUCCGGUCUCAAUCAUUUAAAGCUAUCACAAAGACCUGGAGCAGAAUGGAGCCAUAUUGGAGAGUUUCCGUUUGAUUCUGAAGUCAAAAAAGAUAUCGACCUUUUUUUCUUGGAUACAACUACACAGGAAAAACAAAUUUCCACAAAGACGGCUCGUGCUACUCCCACAGACGUGUAUAUCCUUCCUUCAUCAGAGAAGAUACGCAUACCCCCUGCCGAGUUGCUCGUACUACUAAAGGCGAUGGCUCAAGAGUUUGAUGCCCUGAGCAAUGACCAGAUUGAUGCUCUUCCUCAACUACCUCUAGUAGUUACUAGAGGCCCCCGGAUAUUCGACACCAUCCGGAGAUUUGUUCUUCAUGUACAAGCAGCCAACAUCGGCUUCGUCAUCUCUCUUCUCGCUGGCCUAACUUACAAGGACAACACAGCUAUCUCCGUGUUUCUAUCAACUCCCGUCGAGACCAUCCGGAUGCUUCCCGGCACUGGUGCCUUUAGCGAGUCAGGUCUUGGAUUUGAAACUGCCGUCCCAGACAUUCUCAACCGCCUUCCCCGAGACGUAAAGUUCACCCCUACCUUGCCACAGAUCAACAUGUCAACUGAAACCCCAGCUAACAGUCGUUUGCCACACAGCUCCGCUACGGCAUCUUCACUCCCGAGUUUAUGCUCGAUAUGGUCGGCUACGGGCCGGUUCCGUGCUUGGCUCUUUCACCACCGUCAUCUUCGGCUUUGGCGACGGCAGUUUGGGCCUCAACUGCAACAACGCCUGUUCAUUCUUGUGCCACGACGUCUUCGGUACCCUCGCAACGGUCUACACCGCGAUGAUGUGGAUCUUCCUGCUCUUCUCGGGGGAACAGAUAGAUUUCCGCGGCCCUUUUUCGAUAUGCACCAGAGGGUCCGCGCGUGGGGGAGACGUCCUCUGUGGGGAAACUGGUUUCUAUUCUUUGCCAUUACGGUUGUCUUCUUCAUGAUAUUUCCGGCGCUGUACAUCCCGCGGCUGAACGCAAUCGACUUCAUGCAUACGGGGAGUGACUGGGAGUGGGGGUUUGUGUUUGUCGCCGUCAUUGCGUUUGUUGUCGGAGCCGAGGCUUGGAAGCGGACAAAGAGAAUCUAUCUCCGGAGGUCACAGGGACCAACCUCGACAAACGGAGAUGCAGUUGUGCGAGUGUUGGUUCUUAGGUGGUUUCCUUAG